CGACGACAUACCGAUUCCUGGCGGCCAUUACGAGUCUAUGUACCACCUGCCCUUCCCCAGACAUCUCAUCCCACCUUGUUGUUGCUGGCCCAAGUUGAUUCACCAUCGAAACGACACGUCGCCAUUCUUUUGAUACCCCUUUUCUCGCAAUACGUUUUGCGCUUGCUAUUGCCACAAUGUCUUAUGAUCAGCUAUCAUCCCUCGAGGCCGGCCGAUCAGGCCGCCAGGGCAACUACACCGACGACCCUGAGUUCAAGCAACUCCAGUCUCAGUUGACCAACAAAAUCUUUAACCUGCGGCGCAACAUCCAGCAGCUCACUACGGACGUCAACAUUCUCGGAACGAAGCGCGACACCCCCCGUGUUAGGGAACGAGUCCACGACCACCUCGAGAAGACCCGGGACCUGUGCAAGGAGAUUGGAGAUGGAGUCAAGAAGCUCCAGACCUGGGACGACUUGACGAAACAACAAAAGUACGAUCAGUCCAGAAUAUCAACCGACUUCCAGAACGUUCUCCAAGAGUUCCAGGACAUUCAGAGGAAGGCGCUCGAGAAACAGCGGGCAUCCGUCACGGCUGCGCGCGCGGUAUCGGAGGGCGAGGGGGCCGACGCAUCGGCCGGAAACGACGGUCGGCUCGAGCUACAGCAACAGCAGCAGCAGCAGGAGGUCAGCCGCCUAGCAUCACAAGAUGAAGUGGAUUUCCAGGAAGCGCUCAUCGUCGAGCGCGAAGAGGAGAUCCGGAACAUUGAGCAGGGCGUUGGCGACCUGAACGUACUGUUUAGACAGGUAGCGCAAAUUGUGACGGAACAAGGGGAGCAACUUACAUCGAUUGCGGACAACGUAGAAGACGUGCGCGACGACACUCGCGGCGCGCAGGUCGAGCUCCGACAGGCGGCCAGACACCAGAAAGCAGCACGCAACAAGGGGUGCUGCCUGAUGCUGAUUCUGGCCGUCAUCCUCACCAUCAUCAUUUUAGCAAUCGUGUUGGAUUAGCAUUGCAUAGUGUAUUGGGUCUUGUGUUUGUUUUGAUUGGUAUUGCUACAUUGGCGUUUGGGUGGCGUGUCGCUGUUAAUGUACAUUUUCUCUACAGCCAAGGAAUCUGAUUCCGCAAAUCUAUUUUGUGCCCCGUCCACGUGGGUGUGCACGUCUAUACUUGGUUUGUUUUGGACUCUAUGAGGAAGCGCUCUGUCUUCCGGCAGGGUUUGAUGGUGUCAGGCCUAGGAAACACCCUGUCUACCACUCUGGAGGAGACCUGACCGAAGACCAUGGACGAGAUCCAGUAAACAAACAAGCCUGCGGGCAAGUUGCUACAGAGUGUGGGCACAAUUAGCGCCGACACGAGCAGAGCCCUUUGAAGGCGAAUUCUCCAUUUCAGGCCGGAAGUCAUGUAUGCCUGGAAGUCUCCGAAAUCGAAAACAAGCUUUCUCAUUUCCUCUUGUUUCGGGAAAACAGUAUAGCCCAUGGUCAACAUCAGCAUCCCAGGUAGGAGCAUUGUGGUAUCGGCCACCGUGAGAUCGGUGAACCAUAGCAUGCCGCCAUUUGCCAUACCGGCCUCCACAGUCGAGCUGAGAGACUGGAGGCCGUCUGAAACGGCUUCGGCAGGCGACGACAGAGCCGCUGACGCCUGCUCCGAGACAGAAGCAGCUGCGUCCGUGGCGGGCACGGUGGUCUUCUGGCGGUUGGGCGACAGCAAGGACAGCCAGCCGCCAUGGGCACCACAGAGCCGCCUCAGGGUUUCAGACAUGAGGAACCAGAAGGGUAUUCCAAGCACCGGGGCCCAGGCCUUCCAGUCCUGGCAUCCCCGAUCCUUGAGGAUCCUUUUCCGAGUCCGGGCCAUUUGCAGAGUUUCCUUCAAGCGAUUGCUGGAACGAAGUUGAAACCUCCAGGCGUUGAGCAUGGGUACGAUUUCGGUCUGUUUAUUGAUGAUAUGCUUGGCGAUCAUCUGAAGUGGUGUUCUGACAAUGGCGACGGCAAAGGCUGCGAAAAUGAUUGUGGUGCCCCAAUGUCCAGUAGGGUGGAGGGAGUUUAGCCAGAUGAGAGCAUUUCCGGUCGCGUGGAUGCUGCUCUCGACGUAGGCGCCCAUUGCUAGAUUUCUAACACCUCUCGGCCUCUGGGAUACCACCGGCGCCAUCGAGCUCAGAGUAGGGCGGAGAGAGGCAGAGCGUGAGAGCGAGCUUGCUGCUGAGAAGCCCAGAGGUUGGCGCAAGCCGGGCGCGAAAGCGCAACGCGCCGCUCUGAGGGAAGCCAUGAUCAAUUGACCAUACGCUCUUCAGAGGGCCGUUGGGUUUAAAACAAGUUGCCUGGUCCUGUCGAUGUAGAGUAUGAGCUUCCGUUGAAUCCGGGGUUUGGAGACUAGGCCAGGUAAGUCGGGAGUUGAUGUUGGACUCGGGCGUUGAACAAGAACGAGAUGAAUCGGUCGAUGAAUUCAUGUUUGACUCUCUCUCAGUGGUCAAUGGCAAGCUGCAAUAGUGGGUUAUUGCACGGGCCAUCCAGCACAAGGUCAAC